AUGGCUGAUCCUUGGUGUAGGGUUUCCAGAUAAUGAAAUUGUUCUUUCCUGUCUCCGUGAAGAGUCACGUGAGGACCUUCUCAUACGUUUAUUCAAAUUUGUUUAUUUUUUCGAUAAGGAUUUUCCGAACUUAGUAUAACUUCUGUCGUUACAUCUGUCGUGCAUCUAAUUCUCUCGGAUGAAAUAGUUGCCAACAACUGUUACAUUGCAGGUAAUCUACAUCCAAAUGAAGAAAGAAGCACAAUCUGAAAAGGUAGAAAUGAAUACCACUGUUGCUGAAAAGGAAAAUACUGCUGCAACGAUGAUUACAAAACCUCCCAUCAUGUCCAAAGGGAGAAUUCUGAAAAACUUGAUAGUUCUCUGUCUGGGGUACUUCUUCCUCUUCAGCUCUUACCAAGCAUUGGCUAAUCUCCAAAGCACUCUGAAUAUCGAGGAUAACUUAGGGGUGGUCUCACAAAGCGUCAUCUAUGCAGCCCUCAUAUUCUCCUCUCUCUUUCUCCCCAAACUCAUCAUUAGAAAAUUCGGCUGCAAAAUCACCCUGGUUCUGUGCACCCUCACAUACGUUCCAUAUAUAGCUGCAAAUUUCUACCCAGCUAUGGAGACGCUUGUGCCAGCGGCCAUCCUAAUUGGUCUUGGAGCAGCUCCCCUCUGGUCAGCCAAAUGCACCUAUUUAAAUGAGAUCAGUGUCCUGUAUGCAAGUCAAAGCUCGGAUACGGCUGAUGUCAUAACAGCACGCUUCUUUGGUAUCUUCUUCAUGGUUUUUCAGAACACCCAGAUCUGGGGCAAUCUUGUGUCCUUCUUCGUUUUGAGACCAUCCAAGAAUGAAGUCGCCAAUGAUGCACCGCAGAAUUACACUUCAAUCAUGAAGUCCUUUCUCAAUGAUUCGUCUAAUAUAUCCUCUGAUGAAGUAGUCUGUGGGGCGGAUUUCUGUUUUGGCAUAAACGAAAAUCUCAUACCCCCGAGCAACGAUAAGAGGUAUAUGCUGAUCGGAAUCUAUUUAGGCCUCACUCUUCUGGCCGCCAUGACCACAGCUCUGUUCUUGGAUACAAUCAAGCAGAAGAAAGAGGACGACGGCGAAAGUCUGAUCGCAAAAGUGGCUGCCACGCUGAAACACCUGAAAAAGCCGGAUCAGAUGUUUUUAGUCCCCAUCACCAUCUUCAGUGGUCUUCAGCAAGGUUUCAUUUUGGGAGAUUACUCCAAAGCUUAUGUGGCGUGUGCAUGGGGAAUGUAUCACGUGGGUCUGGUCUUCAUCUGCUUCGGCGUUGUAGAUGCUGUUAUGUCUUUUUGCGCGGGCCGCCUGGUAAAAUAUGUGUCGAGGAUGGCCAUCAUGUUCGUCGGCGCAGCCGGCAACCUCGGCGUCUGCAUCGUCCUCUUCCUCUGGGAACCGAACAGUGACCAGUCCGUAGUGUUCUUCGUGCUGGUGGGUAUCUGGGGCCUUAGCGAUGCAAUCUGGCAGACGCAACUCAACUCUUUCUACGGAGCCCUGUUCCGGAACCAAGAAGAGGCUGCCUACUCUAACUACAGGCUCUGGGAAUCAACGGGGUUCGCCCUGGCAUUUUUGUACAGCUCCUUCCUUUGCAUUUUGCCUAAGAUAUCCAUCCUUAUCGUCUUGCUUUUCAUUGGCAUGGUCGGAUACGUAACCGCCGAAAUUCGUUUUCAAAGGGCGAAGCACGCUUACAACUUCUCAAGUACCUAAAGGUUUUAUUGGAAAUGAUUCAAAAUGCCUCUUUAAAGUUAGUAGUAACUAACAAAAAAGUUACUACAAAUUCCUCGUAUUAAGAACUUUUGUAUUUAUUUCAUCCUUAUGUAUAUAUAAUUUGAUUUUUAUAUAUCAUUUAUGUCACUGGAAUAACAAUAACUAGUAUAGAAUGUGCUAUAUAAUUGCCUUAUUAACAAAUUUCUAUAUUUUAUUUCAUUCUCUAUAAUUUUUUUAUUAAAAUGCUAUUUACACAAUCGAUGUAAUAAUGCACUGAAGUUAUUGAAAAUUUCCGUAUUUAUUAUAUCAUUCUAGUUAUUACAAUGUUAUUGAAUAAAUCGGCAUAAAACGUUUUGUAAAUAUUUUUAUAUUCUUGUACGAAUAAAUGAAAUUAAUGAAACAAGAGGAAUAAUUUCCUUUUCUAAAAUGG